AGGAUAAUUUUGGUUGCUACUGUUUCUUCCAUAGUUUUGAGCCUGACGAGAUGGGGAAGGCUACAAGGUGGCUUAAGGGGCUAUUAGGCAUGAAAAAUGCUAAAGAAAAAGACAAAGACCAGAUGGAGCAUUCAUCAAAUUCAUCAGUUUUAUAUGACAAGAAAGAGAAGAAAAGGUGGAGUUUUGCCAAGUCUGGAAAGGAUGCUACUGCAAUUUCUCAGAUUCCAUUGAGCAUUGCUAGGAAUAUUCAGGCCACUGAUGCUCUUUGGCUCAGAUCCUACAUUGCUGAGACUGAGAAGGAGCAAAAUAAGCAUGCAAUUGCAGUUGCUGCUGCUACAGCAGCUGCAGCUGAUGCAGCCGUGGCAGCAGCACAGGCGGCGAUGGCAGUUGUGAGGCUGACCAGCAAUGGGAGAGGUACUUUGUUUGCUGGAGGGAGAGAGAGGUGGGCAGCUGUCAAAAUUCAAACUUUCUUUAGAGGCUUCUUGGCUCGGAAAGCACUUAGGGCUUUGAAAGGACUGGUUAGGUUGCAAGCUCUUGUGAGAGGCUAUCUUGUAAGGAAGAGGGCUACUGCAACUCUGCAUAGUAUGCAAGCUCUUAUCAGAGCACAAACAGCAGUUCGAUCUCGGCGAAUACGUCGCUCCUUUAACAAGGAGAAUAGGUACUAUCCUGAGAACAGGCCCCGGAAAUCCAUUGAAAGAUUUGAUGAACCAAGAAGUGAAAUUCACAGUAAAAGAUUAUCUGCAUCAAUUGAGAUCAAUGCAUACGAGGACAGUACAAAAAUAGUUGAAAUUGAUACAUUCAAGACUAGCUCAAGGUCUCGCCGGUUCAAUAUUGCAUUAUCAGAAUGUGGGAAUGACUUGCCUUACCAAACAAUCUCAUCACCUCUUCCAUGUCCAGUUCCAGCUCGAGCAUCGAUACCCAAUUGCCAAAAUCUUCAUGAUUUCGAACGGUGCUUCACCGGUGACGAACAUAGGUUCUCUACUGCUCAUAGCACUCCUCGUUUUGCCAAUACGACUAGGUCCAAUGCUCCUACUACACCGGCUAAGAGCGUGUGUGGAGACAGCUAUUUUAGGCCUUAUUCAAACUCCCCUAACUAUAUGGCAAACACACAAUCCUUCAAUGCAAAAUUGAGAUCUCACAGCGCCCCAAAGCAAAGACCAGAGCCAGGAGCAAAGAAGAGGCUUUCGCUCAAUGAACUAAUGGCUGCUAGGAACAGCAUAAGUGGAGUUAGAAUGAACAAAUCAUGUUACCAAGUUCAAGAAGCUUUGGAAUUUUGAGAACUUCAUAUGUCCUCUUUAUUUGUCUGCUUGGGGAAUUAUUAGAAGGUUUUGAAUCGAAAAUCUGUAGAAGUUGAAUAAUAUUACAACUUCUCUGGCGUUUUCCACUUUGUUAUGAACAAGCCAUAGGAUAGAACAGAGUGAUUGUGUAAAUUCUUUCUGAGAGUUUAUUAUUCCAUCAUUCCUUCGCCAAUGAAAUGAAGCUUUCCA